AAGGUAUUGGAUGUGCAAACGGACGUCUUGCAGGACCGAUGAACCAAUACUGCCUUUACCAACCCAACCAAUCAAAAACCAGAACUCACGAAUAAAUAGUUUACUUUGCUGGCCAAGAUUAUGAAUACUCCCAUGGCUGUCCAGCUAUGUUUCAUGAUCAGUUUUUAGAGAUAUUCAUAUAAUUAUAUCAGUAGCUUUUCAAUACACGUAGCAGACUAUGUUAGGAAAGAUUGUUUCACGACCCCCUCCCCUACUGACUGGCAGCUCGAGUAGAAAUUUUUUAUUUAUUUUUUUAUGUUACUGAAUUCCUUAGUCUUUCCACAUUGAAGUUAGAGAGGGAAGGACAGAGACGCGAGCGGGAUACGCUGACAAUUCAUCAAGUGUCCAUUCCGUAUUUUUUUUUUCACGGAGUAGUCUGGAUUUAUUGACAAAGAUGACAGCAUGGAAAACUGUUUAGUAGAAGGAAGAAGCUUUUUGCCGGAUCGAAAAUCAGAGAAAGAGAGGCGAAGGAGACGCAACCAGGAUUCAAGCAACAUGAACAAUUCUGAUCCGAAAAGUAGCAGCUGUCAUCCUUAAGAAUGAAUUCAGAAAUGACAGCAGCCAGGAGCACUGGAGGAGACCAUGCUAUGAGAAGCCAAGAACCGUGGAGUCUGGCCCAGCCCUCCCCAACCCGCCAGCGUGUGCUCAGGUUUGGCUGCCGGUCCAAGCGAGAACCGCCCAUCAAGGGGAAGCUGAGGAUCAAGUCUCCCCCCGGAGCCUUCCUGAUCCUGGGGGUGUUUGUGGUGCUGGUGGGCAUGGCGGUGGCAGUGGCAGGCUACUGGCCUUACAGGGGACAGAGGGGUGGCUCGAUGAGUCAUGCUGGGGGCGGCUUAAAUGAUUCCCGGCCGGCUAGGAGAGUCGUGGGUGGGAGGACAAUCCUAUCCACCCCACACCUGCUGCAUCAUGACAGGAUGAAGCUGAUGGGCCCAGUCAUCAUGGGAGUGGGGCUGUUCAUCAUUAUCUGUGCCAACACCAUGCUGUACGAGAACCGAGACAAGGAGACCCAGCUCCUCCUUACCCAGGAGAUGAUCUGCUCCAUUAAGGCCACAGGUCUCUUUGACAAACAGGACAACACAGGCUCCAGGCACUACCAGUGGAUGACCAACCUGUCCUCUGCUGAUCUGAACAUCCGUUGCUUGGAGGAGCUGGUGGGAUCCGAUUGUCUCUGUCUGCAGACGCAGCCCAACCACGGAGGCAAGUGGGUGGGCUGCUACCAACCUGACUGUCUCCAGACCAAAGUCCAGCUGCUGCACCACGAGAAACCUUCUCCAACCCUGUCCCUAUGCAGCAUCCACUCGGAUUCCUGCAACUCCAGUAAGGGGAACAUCAACGUCCACUCCUGCCAGGCUGUGGAGACUGCAGGGGUUAGCUCCAGCACCAAUACCCCCUCCCUGCCUGUUAUCAAACUCAACAACCGGCUGUUCGAAGCAAGUUUCUCCAUCAACGCUGCUGCAGAGCAGUGCGCCUCUCCAGAGGAACUGGCUGGGAGUACCUUCAGCAGUGGUAGAACUUCCGAUGGAGGGGGACUGGCAGGAGGUCACUCAAUGGCAGCUGGGCCAAAUGUGGACCCUUUUUCCAGGGGAGAGAUCUUUUUCCAAGACCCUUGCAGAAAAGAGUUCAGCUCUGAUGUUUGCCUGGACUUGGCCGGCCAUUCCCGGUCCUUAGAUCUGGGCCGGGGAGGAGCGAGGUUAGGGGCUCCGAUGGAGGAGCGGAAAAACCGAAGUUGGCCAAGGCUGGACCUUUGCAGCAUGAAGCGCUACAUCAAACUGGAGAGCCACAAAGACUCUGUGGAUAAGCUAUUGGACCAGCUAGAACAUCAGUAUUCUCAAUGGGAGAAAAACUAUACAGGGCCCUAUCAGUGAGGUUGCUUAGUCAGACGGCUUGUCUGUAGAUAGAGGAUGACCUCUCAGUUUCACUAUUAGUAAGAAAUAAAGCAUAGUAAAGCAUACAUUUCCAGGCAAACUGAACCCUCUCCUGGCUAAUUCUUUGUUUAGGGGACAGCUAACCAUUGUGGGAUACAGUUCCUGGAUGGGUUUAUAAUUUCCAGAAGGCUAUCAAAGGCUGUGUUUGUGUACUACUGAUACUUUUUAUUUUAAUGACAGAAAAACCAUUUACCCGUUGGGCUGCAGGUCCUAGAACCCAGGGCUGUUAGUAUUAAUAUUAGUAAGAAUGUGGUUGAGGAUGAUUGAGCGUGGUGGAAGAAGUUAAAAAAAAAAACAUUCUAAUUCAGUGCAUUAUGCCCUGUUUAACUGGAACAGUUUUCAUAGCAAAAUGCAGUGGGCUCAAGAAAUUCAGCGGUUACACUGCUAGUCUUCAGGGAAGAAUGCAGUGGGUUCACAAAGUUGUACAGUAUUAGCUACUGCUGUUAGAAAACAAAGUAAAAAAUCAGUGUCAGAAAACCCUAGGACACUUAUUCAGCACUCCGAUUCCUUCAGGUGGUGAAACAGCCUAUAGAGCCACUGCAUUUGAGACCAGGAGUUUGUGCAGUAUUGGAUGCAAAGCAGCAACGCCUGUUCCGUGCAACCACCUACAGCAUCAGAACGUUUGAGAUUUGAACAGUGCUGCCCACCAAGGGCCUAAAAUCAGCCCUCGAUCAAACUCUAUUUGACCUACAGUCUUACCCAUCAAGACUGAAACUGAACUGGAAGAUGCAUCUUUUCUAUAUUGCAGGAAGACCAUAAUCAAAGCCUGUCAUUCAAAAGUGUGUGUUGCAGGAGUUGGCAGGUGUUGCUAAUGUGCUGUACAGUGCGGAGGUGUACUGGUUAGGGUACAGUGCAACAAGGUUUAUACCACUCCAGCGGGUUUGGAAGAGUCAGGGUCAUUAAUAAGCUCAGAAAGCGAGGUCGGCUGUAUAGGAGCUAGUGCUGCACUGUGGAGCACAGCAAUCCACACAAACCCAAGCAGCUGUUCCUUCACUUGUUUGACUCGGAAUGGUAAAUCAGCCCAAUCAACACCAAUGCCCCUCCCCUGAUUAUCAGCACCUGAUUUCUAUGGAGAGCUCAAUCCGAGUAAUUGAAUAAUGGGUUCGUGCAGCUCUGUUGUGUGUCCUAACCAGUACAAGGUAGGACCGGUGUGGUGGAUUGGUAGGGGAGUAGCAACAUGAAAGAGCUGAGAAAGAACACAUCUGUGAGAGCAAUUACAUUGAGAUCAUAGCCAGGAUUGUUAAACUACAAGUGGGACUUCUUUGCUAUCAGUAAUGGAUGUUGAGUGAACUGAUGGGAAUACAGCGAUGUCAUACAGUUCUCGGUUGUAUAAGGUCAAUUGUAAGGAGAUGCACAGAUUAAAAGGGCAGAUGUCAUUGCUACAAA